AUGUCGCAAAUACCCAAGACGAUUCUCGUGCCGGUGGAUCAGUCGGAAAACAGCGAGCGCGCCGUGCAGUACGCGCUCACGCGCGUGUGCCGCGCGGGCAUCGACACGCUGCAUCUGCUGCACGUGCAGGACUCCACGCACCUCAGCGUCUCCAUCGCCGGCGACAUGGUGGUGCCGCCGGCGGUGGUGGACGAGAUGUCGCGGCGCGCGUCGAGCGAGGCGUCCGUUCUCGUGCGCAAGUACCUCGCCGAGGCCGACGCCGCCAAGGUGCCGGCACAAGGAUACUACGCGCUGGGGGACGCGCGCGAGGUGAUUGUGGCGAGGGCCGCGGCGAUCAAGGCGGACCUCAUCGUCAUGGGCACGCGCGGCAUGGGCGCUAUUUCGCGAGCGAUGCUGGGCAGUGUGAGCGACUACGUGGUGAACCAUGCCACGUGCGCCGUGCUCAUAGUGCGCCCACCGCCCCCGCCCUCCGCCGACCAGCUGCAGCAGCAGCAGGCGCUGCAGCAGGCGCCUCUGGACCAGCCGUCCCAGCGCGUGCUGCUGCUCGCCGUUGAUAACUCCAAUGGCAGCCGACUCGCUCUCAGGUAUGCCUUGGAGGAGUUCUGUCAGGCGGACGACAUACUCAUUCUGCUCGCCGUGCUGCCCACACCCCCCUGGGCCGCCUAUGGCGAAUACUACAACCAAGAGAUGAUAGAGCGGUUGGAGCGGGCGGAGCUGCAGGAGGCAGAUGCGAUGCUGGAGGAGUUUGCUGAGCAAGUGCGCGCCAUGCACAUCGUCUGCAAGAAGGAGGUGAUACGAGGGGACGUGCGGGAGACCAUCUGCUACUCCGCUGAGCAGUUCGGGGCCGACGUGCUGCUCAUGGGGUGCAGAGGGCUCUCUGGAUUGAAAAAGAUGCUUCUUGGGAGCGUCAGCGACUACUGUGCUCACCAUGCGAAUGUGCCCAUGCUCAUAGUCAAGCCACAAGAACACUCAACUGUGGACCUCCUCUCCCCUAGAGUUAUCCUCCAUUCGUUCCUUCAUUUCGCCGUCACUUCAUUCAACUGCAAACACCGAUUUGCCAUCAUGAGCGGAAGGCGAGCAGUUACCACCCUCCUUCGCGCUGCCGCGCAGGCGCGUCGGUAUUCGUCGUCGUCAUCGUCAUCCGUGGCGACAGCGCACCAGCCGGCGGUGUUCGUGGAUAAGACGACACGUGUGCUGUGUCAAGGCAUCACCGGAAAGAACGGCACCUUUCAUACGGAGCAGGCGAUUGAGUAUGGCACCAACAUGGUGGGCGGCGUGGUGCCGAAGAAGGGCGGGUCGGAGCACCUGGGCUUGCCCAUAUUCAACACCGUCGAGGAGGCCAAGAAGGCCACCGACGCCAACGCGUCCGUGAUCUACGUGCCGCCGCCAUUCGCGGCGGCGGCGAUCAUGGAGGCCAUGGAAGCGGAGCUGGACCUCGUCGUGUGCAUCACCGAAGGCAUCCCGCAGCACGACAUGGUGCGCGUGAAGGCGGCGUUGAUGCAGCAGAGCAAGACGCGGCUGAUCGGUCCCAACUGUCCGGGGAUCAUCAAGCCAGGCGAGGCCAAGCUCGGCAUCAUGCCCGGCUACAUCCACAAGCCCGGCCGCAUCGGCAUCGUCUCGCGCUCCGGCACCCUCACCUAUGAAGCUGUGUACCAGACGACGCAGGUGGGGUUGGGGCAGUCGACGUGCGUGGGCAUGGGCGGCGAUCCAUUCAACGGCACCAACUUCGUCGACUGCCUUGACAAGUUCAUCAAGGACCCGCAGACCGAAGGCAUAAUUUUGAUCGGUGAGAUCGGCGGCAGUGCGGAGGAGGACGCAGCAGAGUUCAUCCGGGCGAGUGGCACCACCAAGCCCGUUGUCUCCUUCAUCGCCGGCCUCACUGCCCCGCCCGGCCGCCGCAUGGGGCACGCGGGAGCGAUCAUCAGCGGGGGCAAGGGCACGGCGCAGGACAAGAUCAAGGCUCUGGAGGGUGCAGGGGUGACGGUGGUGCGCUCGCCUGCUCAGAUUGGCAACGCCAUGUUCGCUGCCUUCAAGGAGCGUGGGCUCGUGUAG